GCGUACGAUGUUGUUUAGAUUCUUCUGCCUGACAUGCUCUGCACUCACAAUUUGUUUCAUCUCCUUAACAUUCGCAAAAUCCCCUACAUUGUUGCACCCUUCCAGACAAGGUUUUUCACCACUUCCUCUUUGUUAGAUCUCUGCACCAAACCUCAACACCUUCAACAAAUCCAUGCCAGGUUCUUCCUCCAUGGCCUCCACCAAAACUCAUCCCUUAGCUCCAAACUCAUGGAUUGUUAUACCAAGUUUGGACUCCCAGGUUUAUCCCAGAAAGUCUUCUACUUCACUGAAAACCCUGAUUCAGUUAUAUACAGUGCAAUCUUAAGAAACUUGUCUCAGUUUGGUGAACAUGAGAAGACCCUCUUUUUGUAUAAAGAAAUGGUUGAGAAAUCCAUGUACCCAGAUGAAGAGAGUUGCUCAUUUGUUUUGAGGUCUUGCUUUUCUGUGUCUCAUGAACAAGGGAAGAUGGUUCACGCGCAGAUAGUGAAACUGGGUAUGGAUGCAUUUGACUUGGUGAGAAACUGUUUGGUAGAGCUGUAUGAAAAAAAUGGUUUUCUGAAUGCACAUGAACCACUUGAAGGAAUGUCUGUGACAGAAUUGGCUUAUUGGAAUAACAUGAUUUCUCAGGCUUUUGAGAGUGGGAAAAUGGAGGAAUGCUUUCAGCUCUUUUCUAGGAUGAGAAAAGAGAACAUCCAACCUAAUUCAAUUACUGUGAUUAACUUGUUAAGAUCAACUGUUGAUUUGCACUUGUUGAAGAUAGGACAAGCCCUCCACUCUCUGAUUAUUGUGAGCAACUUGUGUGGAGAAUUAACUGUGAAUACUGCAUUGUUAUCAAUGUAUGUGAAGUUGGGUAGUCUAAAAGAUGCAAGACUGAUGUUUGAGAAAAUGCCUAGGAAUGACCUUGUAGUUUGGAACAUAAUGGUUUCAGCAUAUGCGGGGAAUGGGUGCCCUAAGGAAUCCUUAGAGCUUGUAUAUUGUAUGGUUAGAUCAGGGGUUAGACCUGACAUGUUCACGGCAAUCCCUGCAAUUUCUUCAAUAACACAGUUAAAACAUACUGAGUGGGGAAAGCAAAUGCAUGCUCAUGUGAUAAGAAAUGGUUCUGAUUAUCAGGUAUCUGUUCAUAAUGCUCUUAUUGACAUGUAUUCUGCAUGUAACGGCUUAAAUUCGGCACGGAGGAUUUUUGACUUGAUAACGGACAAGACUGUGGUCUCAUGGAGUGCAAUGAUCAAAGCACAUGCAGUUCAUGACCAGUGUCUUGAGGCUCUAUCUCUAUUCAUAGAAAUGAAGUUAUGUGGUACUAGAGUUGACUUCAUUAUAGUGAUUAACAUCUUGCCUACAUUUGCAAAGAUUGGAGCAUUGCAUUAUGUAAGAUACUUACAUGGGUAUUCACUGAAAGCAAGCCUUGAUUCACUCAAAUCCCUUGAGACAUCACUUCUGGCUAGCUACGCGAAAUGUGGAUGCAUAGAGAUGGCAAGAAAGCUUUUUGAUGAAGGCAAAAGCAGCCAUAAAGAUAUAAUUGCAUGGAACUCCAUGAUCAGUGCUUAUUCCAAACAUGGAGAGUGGUUUCAAUGUUUUGAGCUUUACAACCAAAUGAAACUAUCAAAUGUUAAACCGGACCAGGUUACGUUUCUUGGGCUGCUCACGGCUUGUGUCAAUUCAGGCCUUGUUGAUAAAGGGAAAGAGAUUUUCAAGGAGAUGGUGGACCUAUAUGGUUACCAACCUAGUCAGGAGCACCAUGCCUGUAUGGUUGAUCUACUAGGACGCGCUGGACAAAUUGAUGAAGCAAGCAAAAUAAUCGAAACUGUUCCCUUGAAUUCAGAUGCCAGAGUUUAUGGUCCCUUGUUGAGUGCCUGUAAGAUGCACUCAGAUCCUCGUUUAGCAGAAGUUGCAGCUCAGAAGCUCAUAAAUAUGGAGCCUAAAAAUGCUGGAAACUAUGUGUUACUCUCCAAUAUAUAUGCUGCAGCAGGAAAGUGGGACAAGGUUGCUAAAAUGAGGAGUUUUCUCAGAGAUAGAGGACUAAAGAAAACACCAGGUUGUAGCUGGCUCGAGUCAAAUGGACAAGUACACGAGUUUCGUGUUGCAGAUCAAUCUCAUCCAAGAUCGGUGGAUAUAUAUUCGAUAUUGAAAGUAAUGGAGUUGGAAGCAGGGGAUCUGGAGGAUGAUCUUGAACUCUUUGAGCCUCAUAUCAUUUAAGGGAUGUGAAUUGUAAAUGAAUCUACUCAAGAACCUUUUAAGACAUGGCAUCUGAUAAACCACAUUCACCACUUAAUUCCUAAUUUCCGAUGAUAGGUCGAAAGGAAAAGUACACGGCCGUAGACAAACGGAACACACAUCUUAAAUCUCUUUAUCAAACUAUCAGCAACAGAUACCAUUGUGUUUGGCGGAAGGAUUAUUGCCUGGAAUAGCAGUUUUGUCAUGUGAACAGCCCCUGUAUGCAAAGUCGGGAAUAUGUUUACUCUAAAUAGUGAAACCAAACUGACACUUGUUAUUCUUACUUUAUAAAAUUUAAUUGUUUGAAACAUUCAUGAAUCAAGGGUGUUACAGAAUGCUGUAGUUUAUUUUACUUAUGUAG